CCCCAGACGCACUGAACAAACCGUCAGAUGGCGGCGCCCCUGUACCUCUGGGAUUUUCCUCCUGCUGGGUAUUAACACGCCUCCUUCUCUCCCUCAUCUGUCCCCUGGAGGGUGUAAAUGACGUGGAUCCUGGGCUGAUCCGCUUCUUGCGCUCCGCGCCCUGCCCCCCGCCAGGCGAUGACUCUCGC